AUGGUGAAACUUAAUUUUUUCCACUGUAGUGUGUUGUAUCACCUGACACAGUUAACUUCAGCAGUUAAUCCGAAAACUAAACCAUUUCAAGUUAAAGGUAAAAAACAAAAUGAGUUUAAAAAAGCUGUGGAUGACACUUCAUAUGACAGCGUGCCAAAAAUAGAAAAAAGUCACAUGGACAUGUUAAUAGGCAAAUUAAACUUGCAUACUGGAAUUACAACACUCGGUAUAAAAAAGAAUAAUGUUUGUAUAACGUUAGAUCAAAUUUCCACAAAAAUUUCUAAGAGAAAUUUAGAAAAAAAUAAUAAGUGGAAAGUAUCUUAUGUAUCAGGAUCAACUUUUACAGAAAACAAACAUGGGUUUCCCUCUGCACAAUUUACAGAACCACUUCAUGUACCGAUUAUAUACUUACCAUCAAAAUGGAAUUAUAGAACAUUGUGUGCUCUUUGUAUAAAAAAUCCAUUUACUAAUCAUGUACAAAUUCGUAGUUUUAAAACGAAACAUAGCAUAAAUGUAGAAUUAAAAAAACCAACGUUCAUAAGCAAAUUCAAAAAAUAUUUUAGUGAUACAGAACAGAGUUCACAUGACCACAGGGAACCAGAUUUAGAGAAAAUAAAACUUAUAUUUCGUAAUAGCAAUGUAUCGGCAGAGGAGCAGGGCAAACUCAAAUCAGCUUUCAUAGAAGGAUAUGAAGCAGGACUUCAACGCCAAACACGUGUACGUUCUAUAUGGUCAAGGGCAGUAUCUACUUUAAUUUUUGGAUUUUUCGUCACAGUAAUAGUUUUGAUCUCAGUUGCUUCCCAAGGAGGUGUAUUUCGGUUCACGAUUGGUCGAAGAUCUGAAAUUGAUCCAGAAGCAAUUAGUGUGACUCUCAAUGAUGUAAAGGGAGUCCCAGAAGCUAAACAGGAAUUGAAAGAUGUGGUUGAAUUUUUGAGGAGUCCCGAAAAGUUCUCUGCACUUGGUGGAAAAUUACCUAAAGGUGUAUUAUUAGUAGGACCACCAGGAACAGGAAAAACAUUGUUAGCUCGGGCAGUAGCUGGUGAAGCUGGUGUACCAUUUUUCCAUGCAUCUGGAUCAGAAUUUGAUGAAGUUUUAGUGGGACAAGGAGCACGCAGAGUGAGAGAUUUAUUUAAGACAGCAAAAGAAAGAGCACCUGCUGUAAUAUUUAUUGAUGAAAUUGACUCUGUUGGUGCAAGACGAACAAAUUCAGUUCUUCAUCCAUAUGCAAAUCAAACGAUAAAUCAGUUGCUAUCGGAGAUGGAUGGAUUUUUACAGAACGAAGGCGUUAUAGUACUCGGUGCAACUAACAGACGAGAUGAUUUGGAUAAAGCACUGUUACGACCUGGUCGUUUUGACCUUCAAAUUUAUGUAAAUAAACCAGAUGUUCUUGGUAGGAAAGAAAUUUUAGAUUUAUACUUAUCAAGGAUAUUAACGCGAGAUAUCGAUGUAGAUUAUUUAGCUCGAUGUACUACUGGAUUUACUGGUGCUGAUAUAGAGAAUAUGGUAAAUCAAGCAGCCUUAAGAGCAGCUAUAAAGAACGCGGAUUUUGUAACUAUGCAACAUUUGGAAUAUGCUAGAGAUAAAGUAAUAAUGGGUCCAGAAGGAAGAGUAAGAUCGUUUGACGAGGAAGGCAAUAUUAUUACAGCCUACCAUGAAGCAGGACAUGCAUUAGUUUCAUAUUAUACUAAAGACGCUGCCCCAAUACAUAAAGUUACUAUUAUACCUCAUGGACUUUCUCUGGGAUAUACGUCAUUUUUACCGGAUAAAGACACAUAUCACGUAACGAAAUCGCAAUUAUUGGCUACGAUGGACUCAAUGAUGGGUGGUCGUGCUGCAGAGGAAUUAAUUUUUGGCCCAGACAAAGUAACAACUGGAGCAGCUAAUGAUUUAGAACAAGCAACCGUAGUUGCUGAAGAGAUGGUAAAAAGCUAUGGUAUGUCAGAAAAAGUUGGAUUUCGGGCACAUGCGCAGCGGAAUAAAUACUUAGAGACAAAGUCUGAGUAUGGUCCUAGUACCAAUGAACUUAUUGACAUUGAAGUGAAACGUCUUCUACAAGAAUCGUAUGAUCGCGCAAAAACAAUAUUGAAAGCUCAUGCAAAAGAGCACAAACAAAUAGCAGAUGCUCUACUUAAAUAUGAAACUUUAGACGCUGACGAUAUAAAAGCAAUAGUAAAUGGAAAAAAAGCUCGAAUUGAAACGUUAAAUAAGCAACCACCAAUUGUAGAUCCAUCUAAACAUGUAUUAUAA